AUGGCUUCUAAACGUACUAGAAGUGUCAGAUUUGCUGAAUCCGAAAAGCCAGAGGAGAAAUCGGUUGAGGAACAAGUAGAAGCUGAAAGUCCGAGUGAUAAUGGUGAUAAUAGCGAAGAUAUAGGUGAUGAGUCUGCAGAUGAAGCAAGUGGAAGCGACAAUGCUGAGAUAGAGGAGCCAUCCAGUGAAGAUGACAACGAAGAUGACAACGAAGAUGACGAAGAAGAAGAAGCAGAAGAAGAAGAGGAAGAAGGUGAUGAUUUUCCUCGCAAGAAGAAAUCGAAGAUGAGCAAGCACGAUGAUGGAUCUGCAGGGUUUUCUAGUGCUAUGAGUGCAAUCUUGUCGUCACAUUUGAAAGCUUACGAUAGGGAUGAUCCUAUCAUGGCAAGAAAUAAGAAAAUUUUGAAGAAGAGUGACUCUGAUAAAUUGGAAAGACAAGCUAAAAGGGCAUUAUUAGUCGAAAAGAAGAAGAAAUUGAAUAAGGUUAGAAGGAAGGAUGUUAUCCCCAAGGUAACUGAUGACUCUGGAGAGAAAACCGGUGAAGAAAUUAGAGACGUACUUGAAAAAGAAGCCAGAUUAAAGAAAAUUGCUAGGAAAGGUGCUGUCAAAUUGUUUAAUGCGAUACUUUCCACGCAAGUUAAUACUGAAAGAGAUUCUAAGACUGUGACAGGUUUUGGUCAACAGGAAAAGAAACAAAGAUUGGUUGAUCUGUCUAAAGAAAAAUUCUUGGAUAUGGUGAAAGCUGCUGGUGAUGAUGAAUAA